AUUUUGUUUUAAUAACGAAUUGAAUUCACGAUUUAUAAGUAUUUUAGAAGUGAUUACAAGUCGAGUCUGAAGAAAAUGAAGAAAUUACGUACGUUAUUGUAUCUUCAAAAUCAAAGCAGGUAUGAAAGUAUUCGUACUGUUUCUGUUGCUUCGGACUCAAUAAAACCUUUUGAAGAGAUUCCGGGCAUCUCUAAGGUUCCGAUAAUAGGUGGUCUGCACCAUUUUUUACCUUUCGUUGGUACUAUUGGUUUCAAAGAAAAUUUUCAUGACUUAGUAAAAAUACUGCAUAAGAAGUAUGGGACAGUUGUGAAAUUGGAGGGCAUCGCGCCGAGGGCUACACUUUUGGUGUUGUUCGAGCCGCAACAUUUUGAACAGGUUUACAAAGCAGAAGAAUAUAAUCCACUGAGGCCAGGGUUCGAGACCAUAGAAUAUUACAGAGAAGUGUUGAGAAAAGAGAGAUUUGGCGGUUAUUUCGGCUUAACGUCAGCGCAAGGACCUCAAUGGCGAGAUUUCAGAACAAAGGUGAAUCCGGCUUUACUCAAACCGAAGCUGGUGAAAAUUUACGCUCCAGGGUUGGGAGAAAUCGCCGAAGAAAUGGUGGAAAGGUUAACAAGGCUUAGCAAAGAGGGCGAUUACCUUCAAAACAAUUUCGGCCUCGAAAUAAUGAAGUGGUCUUUGGAAUCUUUGGCCCUUGUCAGCCUGGGAACAAGACUCGGCUGCCUUCAUGACAACCUCGGCGAGGACCACCCUGCCAGACAAUUGAUAAAGUGUAGCAAUGAUAUUUUCGAGCUGUCCUUUAAGUUAGAAUUCUUACCUAGUUUGUGGAAGUACAUCGCGACACCAAACUUUAAAAAGCUUAUGAAGACUUACGAUUUGCAAUGGGAUAUAAGCGCAAUGUAUAUAGAUGAAGCUAAGAAACUCGCUAAAGAGAGAGGCAGUGAUGUGCCGGAGGAAGACAAGUCUAUACUCGAGAAACUGAUUGCCAUUGACGAAAGAGUAGCUAUCCUGAUGGCCAAUGAAAUGUUGAUGGCUGGCAUUGACACGGUCUCGUUCACCAUAACCAGCAUCCUCUAUCACUUGGCAAAAAAUCAGCCGGCGCAGGAUAAAUUGCGUGAAGAGAUCCGUACUGGGGAAUCGAGACGGUACCUGAGGGCUUGUAUGAAGGAGUCCUUGCGGAUCUGGGCCGUGGUGCCUUCGAAUCUGAGGCGGACGAGCAAGGAGCAUGUUGUGGGUGGUUACAGAAUACCUGUCGGGAUUGACGUGAUCGCUCCAAACGAAUACUUAUCCGGCCUCGAUAAAUACUACCCACGAGGAAAGGAGUUCUUACCAGAAAGAUGGUUAGUCGAAAAGACAGAUCCUUUGUUCCACGGUAACGCUCAUCCCUUGGUCAACGCGCCAUUCGGAAUAGGAGUGCGGUCUUGCAUCGGCAGAAGAAUUGCUGAGCUGGAGAUUGAGGUGUUCCUUACUAAGUUAUUGGUCAAGCAAAAGGUUACUUGGACUGGCCCGCCAAUAAAGGUUGUUACGAAAGUUAUAAAUUCUUUUGCGAAACCAUAUUACUUUAAAUUUGAAAGUGUUUGAUGACCUGUUAUUAAAAGAAUGCA